AUGGAAACUGAAACAACUUUCUCCCAUGUUGCACCACCAAUUUUUGAUGGUGAUAACUAUCAAGCCUGGGCUGUUAGAAUGACAGUCCAUCUUGAAGCAUUAGAUCUUUGGGAAGCUAUAGAGGAAGACUAUGAUGUUCCCCCAUUGCCGGCGAACCCUACGAUGGCUCAGCUUAAGACCCACAAAGAGAGGAAGACCAGGAAGUCCAAAGCUAAAGCCUACUUAUUCUCUACUGUUUCAAGCACUAUAUUUACAAGAAUCAUGAACCUGGAGUCAGCGAAAGAUAUUUGGGACUACCUCAAAAAGGAAUACCAAGGCAAUGAAAGAACCAAAAAUAUGAAAGUACUCAACUUGAUCAGGGAGUUUGAAAUGCUGAAAAUGAAGGAGACAGAAAACAUCAAAGACUACUCUGACAAGUUGCUGGGCAUAGUAAAUAAGGUGAGGUUACUUGGUAAGGACUUCUCUGAUGAACGAAUUGUGCAAAAAAUUCUUGUAACUCUGCCUGAAAAAAUUGGUGAAUGCAUUGCAGGCACAAGAGCAAAGGAGAAUGAUAAGAAAAGAAGAAUCGAUGGAGGGUGCGCUUCAAGCAAAGGCAGAAAAUUCAGGAGGAGGCAAAGACAAGAAAAACAACAAUAA